AUGUUAUUUGAAUUUGUUAUUUUGUUAUUGAUAAUAGUUUACUCAGUGUACUACACAUUGAAGGAAAAACAAGACUAUUGGAAAAAGAGGAAAGUGCCAUACGUUAAGCCAAAGCUCUUAUUUGGUAAUUACAUGGGAUAUAUUCUUCAAAAACAAUUUAGACCUCAGAUUACAAGUGACAUAUGCAAGCAGUACCCCGAGGAACCUUAUAUUGGAUCUUUCUUUGGCACAGAGCCCGCUCUCAUUGUUCAGGACCCGGAUUUGAUCAAACUCAUUACGACCAAAGAUUUCUACUAUUUCAGUGGUAAAGAAGUUACAAACUAUGCGCAUAAAGAAACUUUGACUCGAAGUUUAAAUUUUGCUGGAGGUGACGAUUGGAAAAUUUUACGCUUACACAUGUCUCCACUUUUCACUUCUUCCAAGCUGAAGAGUAUGUUUCCUUUAAUAAUAAAAAGUACUACUGAAUUACAAGAAUAUCUUGAAAUGGAAAUAAGACUGUCACAAAAAGUCAAUGUUAGAAGUUUACUAGCGAGGUACACAAUGGAUUGCGUUAUAUCGUGUAUAUUUGGGAUCAACGCUAACAGUAUGAAAAGAGAUAUAAGUAACAAUCCUUUCUUAAUUAUGGGUAAUUUGAUAUUCGAUACGUCCAUCUCUAGAGGUCUCAAAAUGGUGUGUAGGACGAUGUGGCCGGCAUUAUUCUACAGGUUAGGAUACAAAUUAUUCGAUGAACAGAUUUCAAAAUUCUUCAGUGGAUUUUUUGCUGAAGCAUGUAAAGGCCGUUUAGAAUAUGGGAAUAAGCGAAACGAUUUCAUAGACAUGAUUGUGGAAUGGAAGAAAAUUAAAUAUAUAUCCAGUGAAAGCUUAAGUAAUUUUAAGAUAGGUGAAAAGAAGAUAUCCCAACUUGAAGUUACCGACGAUCUGCUGGCGGGUCAAUCUUUAGCAUUAUUUGGGGCUGGAUAUAAGUCAACAUCGACUACAGUGACUUUUCUAUUGUACGAACUGGCAAAAGAUCAACAAAUCCAGAAUCGCGUGAUUGAAGAAGUAGAUAGUUAUUUUAAAAAGCAUGAUAGUAUUGAUUAUGAAUGUGUCAAUGAGCUAUCUUAUCUUGAAGCAUGUAUAGACGAAACCCUGCGCCUGUAUCCAGUUGUGGGCAUUGUAACCCGAGAAGUGAUGGAUGACUAUACAUUACCAACAGGACUUCACUUAAAAAAGGAGAUUCAUAUUCACAUCCCUAUAUAUCAAAUUCAUAGAAACCCAAAGAAUUUUCCGCAGCCAGAAAUAUAUCGUCCAGAACGUUUCUUGGGAGAAGAAAGGAAAAAGAUCAAGCCGUUCACAUUCAUGCCAUUUGGAGAAGGGCCGAGAAUAUGCAUAGCUCUCCGAUUCACAAAGAUGAUGAUGCAUGCGGGGCUAUUGACCAUAUUUAAGAAGUUUAAAGUCGAAUUAGCAGAAGACACGCCGCUCAAAAUCAAUUUUAAACCUACGUCACUAGUCACGCAGGCCGAUCCAGAUAUACAACUUAAGUUUAUUCCUCGAAACCUU